UUGUUAUUUAAGGUUUCUAAUCAUUUAAGAUAUUUAGAUCGUAUUAUUAUACAUCAUGCUUUUGUUUGUUUGUUUGGCGUUACAAUAAAGAUACAAAAUAAUAAUUAUGCACUCAACUGGUUUACGUAGCUUGUUGUUAAUAUCUGUGUUAGCAAUUGUUGUUAUUACUGCAAAAAGACGGCCAGAUUAUUGUUUUUGUGAUGAAGGAUGUUAUUGUGCAAAAAGUUGUGUAGAAGGAUUCGUAAUAAGGUCGGAAAAGUUUGAUUUAUGUCCAAAGGACGUAUUUUGCUGUGUCAACCUACAUUAUCCUCUACCAAAAUACCUGGAUCUUGACCCAGUUCAAUUGAUUGAUUACAAAAACAAUGUGGUUUUGGUAGCUAAAGAUGUGGAAAAAGAACUCAACGAGAAGCUGUCUAAGUUCCAAGAAUAUCAUUUGUUACCAUAAAUAAUAUGACAUUCUACAUUUUAUCUGCAAUGUAAGCACUAAUCAUUUCCAAUAAAAAAUAUUUAAUGUAAAAAA